UCAUUGUUGACAUCGCUAGGACUUGGCUCUCCCAACGCUUAUCCAAGUGGUCGCCAAUUGCACUGCAUUCACGAGAGCUAUGGGAUUGAUGAACUACUUGAAACAGCCAGGCUGCCCGGUAGGCAUUCAGGUGGCUCGCUCGAUGGGAUGCUGCGCGCGGCCAGCAUACGAAGCAAGCGACCCGCUGAAAGCCGCAACCAAGUCGGACGAGACACCUGGGUGGUGGCAGCGCGUGUCUGAAUUCUGCACGGUCCGAGUCUUUUAUCAAUUCUGGGCGUUGCUGCUGACCUUUUUGUGCUACACUGCCCUGCAUCUGGCCCGCAAGCCAUCUUCGAUCGUUAAGGACACGCUUGCGCCCAACAACACCAGCCCAAGCGACCCUGGCUGGGAGCCGUUCGUCGACAACCACUCCUUGCUGGGCAAUCUGGACUCUGUCUUCCUUGGCGCGUAUGCUGUUGGCAUGUUUGUUUCGGGCCACAUUGCAGACCGCAUGAGUUUGCGCUUGUUUUUGGUCAUUGGCAUGUUUGGCACGGCGCUCUUCAUGGUGUUCAACGGCCUCGCGCAGACUUGGAACAUUCACAACUUUGGCUACUUUGUCUUUGUGCAAAUCGUGAUGGGCCUCUUCCAGUCGACAGGCUGGCCCGCUGUGGUUGCUGUCGUUGGCAACUGGCUUGGCAAGGGUCAGCGUGGCUUGAUCAUGGGUCUGUGGAACUCCAACUCCUCGGUCGGCAACAUUAUUGGCGCGGUUGUGUGCUCUGCCGUGCUUCCUUGGGGCUGGGGCUGGGCCUUCAUUGUUCCGGGCAUCAUCUGCGCUGCCAUUGGGCUCUUUCUCUUCUUCUUCCUUGUUGAGCGGCCCGAGGAUGUUGGCAUGCUUUCGGUCGAGCAGCAGCGAUUGUUUGACGCCCAUCGCAACGGCCAAUUGGACGACCCUCGCAACGUUCGUGCUGCUGAGGCUGUCGCGGCCAUCUUUGAUAGCAAGCUGUCUACAAUUCACUCAAAGAACGGCGCCAUUUCUCGCAAUGGCUCGGCAAAGCAGCUCACCAGCGAAGACGGCGUGUCCGACGGCUUGCUGAGCCCUCCUGAACCGCAGUUGGAGCCCAUCUCGUUCUGGCGCGCAUGGCUCAUCCCGGGCGUUGCCAUUUACUCUGCUUCGCUCUUCUUCUGCAAGCUAGUGAGCUACACGUUCAUGUUUUGGCUGCCAUACUACCUUUCCAACACGCCAGUCGAUGGCGAGAAACUAGACAGCUCCUAUUCGGGCUACCUGUCCACCCUGUUUGAUGUCGGCGGUAUUAUUGGCGGUGUGCUGAUUGGGCUGUUCUCUGACAUGUUUGACAAGCCGGCCAUUUUGAGCACGGUCUUUUUGUACGUGGCCAUUCCCAUCAUGUACGUCUACCGUGUGUACGGUCCCGUCAACAUUGCCACCAACGUUGGUCUCAUGAUUCUUGCUGGCAUCGCUGUCCAAGGCCCGUAUUCGCUCAUCACCACUGCCGUCUCCGCCGAUCUUGGUGGGCACGAAUCGCUCAAGGGCAACGCCCAGGCACUCGCAACCGUGACGGCCAUCAUUGAUGGAACCGGAUCGAUUGGUGCUGCCCUUGGUCCCUCGAUCGCCGGCUGGAUUGUCGACCCAAACAACGCCGCAACGUGGGACUACACGUUCUGGAUGCUGAUGGGAAUGGAGGCCGUCAGUGGCAUUUUGCUUUCGCACCUCGUCUACAAGGAGAUUCAGCUCAUUCGGAAGCGACGAAAUGGCUACACGCAAGUACCGGAACAUGCGCCCCCGAUCAUUCAUCGAGUUGCAUCUGUGUAUUAGAAGUUGCAUCUGUGUAUUAGAAUGGGGUGAGAAGCAGGCUGUGUGAAACGGUUCAAUUUUUUUCUCUCGUUUUCUGAUGCUUUUGUAUUUCUUGAUAGUUUCCCCCCCCCCUCCCAGGGGCAUUUUUGGUUGGACCUUUCGAUGUCAUGUGUAUAAUAAAGCUUUCUGAACAACAGUUCCCCGA